AUGAUUAUUGAGGCUAAUUCUUUGGCUGAAGAAUUAAGAGGUGUUUCAAGGUACGAAAAAGUAAUAAACAAAAAUAAUUACAUAUAGAUUGCUUAUGUUUCAAUAUUUAUGAUUGGAUUACUAAUUAUUAAAACAGAUGAUGCUUACAUUACAUGUGAAACUUCAUAAGAGUAAUAAGGAAUCAUUUGGGAAAUGGGAUUGAUUCCUUUGGCUUUUAUUGGAGAUGUUACUAAAAAUUUGAAUAUUAAUAUUUUUAUUGCAGGAUUGGUUUAAUUUUUAGUUUGUCAAUUAAGACUUUAAUUUACUAUUAUUUAUUUGCUCUAUAAAAUUCUGGGACAAGGACAAAUAGUAUCAAAAUUAAUAUAUUUAAGAGACUUAUAGUUUACUUUACUUAAUACCCUUGAUUACAAAUCUAAUAUUACCCUAUUAAAAAAUACUUUUUGGCUUUGCAUAAUUUGUGUUAGUAUUAUUGAUUAUAAUGUUAAAUAAAACACUUAUGCAAUAAAAAUAACACAAACCUAAAAUUAAUUUUUAAUUUUAUGCAAGCAGAUUAAUAGCAUGUAUUAUAUUAAUGCAAAAAUUGGAUAUGGUUAAUAGUAAUUUUUAUGAUAAUCAGGUGAUAUUUAUGAGUAUUAUUUUUAUUUAUAAAUUAGUACUUAGUUUACCUGUUGUUAAAUUAUUGUGUAAUCGAGUACCAGAUAUAGCAUUUGCUAUCCUAUUCCUCAUUUACUUUUAUUUAUCAAAAGGUUACCCAUUUAUAUAAAAUGUGUUGUAAGGUUUGCUUGUUUGUUUUGUAAUUUUAAAACUAUUGCCAGUUAUAAUGGAUUAAAAAUUUUCAUGUAUUUUGUAUUCUAAUAUAAUUAGUGACGAUUUCGUUACUCUUGCCAAUUAUUAUAUUGAUUUUCCCUUUGUCAGAAUAUUUUUUUGUGUUGUUAAUCUUCUUAACUAUAAGCGAACCACCAUAAAACUUAUAUGAGUAGAUUGAAUUAUGA